UUAUACAAAAUAAAUCGGAAAAUAUUUUAGGGUAAUAUCGGAGUCGUCGGUCCUUCACGAAUUUCAAACGUACAGCCCAGAUUCCUUGUAGCGGGUUCAUUCCCAUUGAUUUCCAGUCCAUUCUCCCUCGGCUGCAAAAUCUUGCUCUUCUCCCCUUGACUGUUGUGGUGUCCGGGCCAGCUUGCACACACCUCAACUAAUUCCACGGGAUAUCUGCUACCUCCCAUCAGCAACAGCUGAAGCCUUAGGUUAAAUCAUGGUGAACGCCAUCAAAGGAUUGUACAUAUCAUGUGAUGUACCCAUGGCGCAGUUCAUUAUCAAUAUGAAUGCUGCAUUGCCCCAAUCGCAAAAGUUUAUAAUACAGGUCUUGGAUAAUACACAUCUCUUUGUACGAUCUGAUGUUGCUGGAAUGAUUCGUAGUGCUAUUGCAGAAUUUAGAGAGGCAAAUACCUAUGAGAAGCCUGCUUAGGCUGUUUGAUAAAGUUCAGCCUUUCUGGAAUAAACCUUGGACCAUGCACCCUUUUUUCCCUUGAUUGUAAAAGAAUUGAACCAUUGCCCUGUGCUCGAUUACAAUCUUUUGUGGAGUUACUAUGGUGAAAAGAAAGAUAUCAAGUGCCCAAGAUUUAAAAAAAAAAAAAAAAAAAAAAAACCAAAUAGUCAUCCCUGUGACAUCUACGAAGUAAUUGAUGGACGAUAUUUGCAGUUCCAACUUUCAUUGGUUCUGCUUCUGAUUUUGUCUAAGGUGCGAGUUAAAUUAAAUUCUGUGUCUGAACAUUUUUGUACUGUUUUCUGAACAUGUUGUUAUAUAUUUCUCAUAUGUUCUCCCCGUGAUAAGAUCUUUGUAUUGAAGAGAUAAUUGGAUUUUCUGUUGUGUUC